UAAAAAUAGAAAAAAAAAGGAAGAAAAAGGGCAAAAAUAGGGUGAAAUAGGAUGGGACAAAUACAGAGUCGGAAAGAAGAAGGAAAGAUUGAAGGAAUAGGGAUUUCUGGUAGAUUUGAAGGGAAAGGAGUGGUUGGAUUAUGUAGGGGAGGAAUGGAAGUGAAAGAACAAAAGAAUAUAUCAUUAAGAGGGUACGAAGGGGGAAAAAAAGAUAAGACGAAAAAUGGGGAAGAAAAGGAAGAAAGGAGAGAAAAAGGGGUUGAAAGGGAAGAAAUGAGGGAGAUAAUGAUAGAGGAAGGGAUAUUUGAAAAAGGAAAUGAACAAGGAACGACGAAUGGAACAUCGAUGAUGGAAGGUAUAGCAUAUAAAAAUUAUACGCAUAAUAGGGGAUCUAUACCAUUUUCAAAGAAUGAGAAUGGUAAAACGAAGAGGAAUAAUAGUCGGGAUAAAGAAAAUCAAGUAAAUCAGCAAUUUUUAGAAACACCGACGACACCGAUAUCAUCAACGUUAUUAACAGGACAUCCACCAAAGGAUACGAUUCUUAUAAGACGUGAACGAGAUUCUAUAUCGGAUACGAUGACGCCGGUUAAUUCAUUAGGUCUUAAUACAGAGAUAUCAUCGACAUUUAUGUUUUUUCCAUCAUAUUUAUCAUUUAAGAAUUUGGAUAUAGAUGAUAUGAUACAAAGACUUUUAGACGUGGGAUAUUCGGGAAAGGUUACGAAAGCGAUAUGUUUAAAGAAUGCAGAGGUAUCUGCUAUAUGUCAAGCAGCACGUGAAGUGUUUUUAUCUCAGCCCUCUUUAUUAGAACUUACGCCUCCUGUUAAAAUUGUUGGAGAUGUUCAUGGUCAAUAUGCGGAUUUAAUUCGUUUAUUUGAAAUGUCAGGAUUUCCUCCAUCUGCUAAUUAUUUAUUUCUUGGAGAUUACGUAGACCGAGGGAAACAAAGCCUUGAAACAAUAUUAUUAUUAUUAUGUUAUAAAAUUAAAUAUCCGGAUAAUUUUUUUCUUUUAAGAGGAAAUCAUGAAUGUGCUAAUGUUACAAGAGUUUAUGGGUUCUAUGAUGAAUGUAAACGAAGAUGUAACAUUAAGAUUUGGAAGACAUUUAUUGAUGUCUUUAACACUUUACCAAUAGCAUCAAUUGUUGCUUCAAAAAUAUUUUGUGUACAUGGAGGAUUAUCUCCCUCACUUUCAUAUAUGGAUGAAAUUCGACAACUUGAACGACCUACUGAUGUUCCUGAUUAUGGCUUGCUUAAUGAUCUUUUGUGGUCUGAUCCUACUGAAACAACAAAUGGGUGGGAAGAUAAUGAGCGAGGUGUAAGUUAUUGUUUUGGAAAAAACGUUAUUCAACAAUUUCUUCAAAAACACGAUUUCGAUCUAAUAUGUCGGGCACAUAUGGUUGUAGAAGAUGGAUAUGAAUUUUUUAAUGAACGUACAUUGGUUACUAUAUUUUCAGCACCAAAUUAUUGCGGGGAAUUUGAUAAUUUUGGCGCAGUAAUGUCUGUUUCUGAAGAACUUUUGUGUUCAUUCGAAUUGUUAAAACCAUUAGAUUCUCAUCAAUUAAAACAAAAAAUGAAAAAAAGUCGCCGCAAUGGCUCACAUAUUCACUUGUCCCCUCCUGCACAUCAAUACCCUCAGUCGUUUUAGUUCGUAUAUCUCCUGAUUAUACUAUACUAUUUUUUAUCGUUCUUUAUUGUAUUCA